AUGGCCAGCAACAGAAAUGCGGAGGUAUUCGAGCUGCCGGGGGAUUUAGUUAUGCCCCCUACCACGGCCAGCAACAACCAUCCGGGGGUCUUCGAGUUGCCGGGUGAAGCAGUCACGAUUCCCCCAACGCCAAUCGCUGCCGACCGCAAAAGCGGCAUUAAUAUAACAAGUGACGGGCGCAUUGAUAUUGACUACAACACGACACUGGUACGACGAUUCUCCAAACUGUACACUUCUCAUUAUUCACCACGACCUACGACGCCACCGCCCGAGUAUUCCGAGACAGCACUGCAAGCCGCUAAUGACAAUGGCCCAAGUCUGGAAUCUCCGCCGGCAUACACAGAAAAGACCUGGAAGAUCAAAUUGAAUAUUGUGAUCCAGGUGGUAGGCAGUCGAGGGGAUGUGCAGCCAUUUAUUGCCCUCGGGAAUGAACUGCAGCGAUAUGGACAUCGUGUGAGGCUGGCUACUCAUAAUGUAUUCGAAGCUUUCGUGCGCAGUUCAGGGCUCGAAUUUUACCCCAUCGGAGGCGAUCCAGAAGAACUAAUGGCAUAUAUGGUCAAAAAUCCCGGUCUUAUUCCCAAUAUGAGGAACUUACAGGCAGGCGAAAUUGGGCGCAAACGAGCCAUGAUUCGGGAGAUGUUGGACGGGUGCUGGAAAUCGUGCAUCGAGCCUGAUAUGGCGACCCAGCUACCUUUUGUAGCUGAUGCAAUCAUUGCCAAUCCUCCCAGCUUUGCCCAUAUCCACUGCGCCCAGGCACUAAGUAUUCCUGUACACUUGAUGUUUACUAUGCCCUGGACCAACACGAAGGCCUUUCCUCACCCCCUGGCGAAUUUAACUGGUGGUGGCGAUGAAGACCAAGGUUUCAGAAAUUUUGUUUCUUAUAGUGUGGUUAACUGGUUGACUUGGCAAGGGAUGGGCGAUGUGAUUAACCAUUGGCGAAAAGAGCUUGGCUUAGACGAAAUAGCUAUGUUUGAAGGGCCUCGUCUUGCAGAAAUCUUGAAGAUACCAUUUACAUACUGUUGGUCUCCGGCUCUCGUUCCCAAACCGACAGAUUGGCCUUCCUAUAUCGACGUCUGUGGUUUCUUCUUCCGCGAAUCCCCGAGAUAUGAUCCCCCAGCUGACUUACUGGCCUUUAUUGCUGCUGGUCCACCACCAAUUUAUGUUGGAUUUGGUAGUAUUGUCUUGGAAGAUGCAGAAAGCACUACUACUAUCAUUCUCAAUGCUAUACGUGCAGCAGGUGUACGGGCGAUCAUUUCCAAAGGUUGGUCCAACUUAGGCGGAAUACACGAUGACAGUAAUAUUUAUUUCAUCGGGGAUUGCCCUCAUGAAUGGCUGUUUGACCGCGUCGCAGCUGUCGUGCAUCAUGGAGGCGCGGGCACGACCGCUUGCGGGUUACGAAAAUCUAAGCCCACAUUCAUUGUGCCCUUUUUUGGAGAUCAGCCCUUCUGGGGAGAUAUGGUUGCUGCAGCGGGCGCUGGUCCUACUCCUAUUCCAUAUAAAGAGCUUACAGUUGAUAAGCUGGCCAGCGGAAUUCAAUACUGCCUUAGCGAACAAGCGCGCAUGUCAGCAGUUGCUAUAGCUGCUAAAAUGCAGUCAGAAAUAGGUGUAAAGGCUGCGGUUGCCUCAUUUCACCGGAAUCUCCCACUUGAGUGUCUGCAGUGCGAUCUAGAACCGAAUCUACCUGCGGUAUGGUCUUUCUCCCAAAACCGUAGGAAACUCAAGCUGUCAAAGAUUGCCGCAGAGGUACUAAUAUCCCAUGGAUUGAUUGAUGCAAAACACCUGACAAUGUAA